GUCGAGUUCACAAUGCCUUCCCGGCUUCCUGUGGGGAGCCGUAGGAGAAUCAACAUGACCUACCUGGAGUUCCUGCAAACGAACGACAUGCGUGCCCUUGCUGGCUUUCUCAUGUUUGCACAUGCGGUGCAAGGCUAUGGCUACAUCUCCACGAUUCCGGCGUUCUAUGGUCUCUCGUGGAUUAGCCCAGAGGUGCUCAACGGCUAUGUCCAGAUGAGCUUCCGCAAAAGGCUGGAAGAGGUCUUCAACCCAGACACAGGGAUCCCUGAGGGACACCAGAGGCUUUGGACCACCAUGGCUGCCGCAGAUGGGAUCAACGUGCUGUAUGGUGUUUCAAUCUUGAGCAUUGACCGCCAGCUGAGUGAUCCUGACUUACCAGUUCGGAUCCAGUACACGCAGAAGUCCCGCCCGGAAGAGGUCAUGGAGAAAGAGUACGACUUCCUGAUCUACUUGGCCGCGCGUGUCCAUGCGCGCAAGUAUGUGAAGGACCUUGUGUCUGAAGAGGCCUCUAUCUUCUCCAAGCUGCAAAGCUUCGUGCUGGCCACCGCGCUGUACACCAGCGACCCAGUGCUGGAUUACACGGACGAGCGGCAGGCACCCAUCAUGUACAGGACCGACAAGAUGUUUGAUCCCAGCCAGGAUGGCUCGUGGUACACUGACCGAUAUGGCGCGGCCAUCUUUGCAGGGGAAUGGGCCAAGCUUCGGCAGACACGUGUUGGGUACCAGUUCUAUGAGAAUUACUGUGAGGCUGACCCGGUGUUGUGCGACUCGGACCGAACCCCGGAUCAGAACAACCGGAUGUAUCAGUCGGAAGAGUUGCUGGCGAAGUUCCGCGAGGAGCUCAAGGAGAUGCGCGUGAAGAACAGGCCAUCAUGGAGGGAGCCCCACGGAGUCUCUUCGAGAUGCAGGGUGCGCGCAAGACGUGGUGGAUUGGCGCCAGCGCCUGCUUUGAGUCGGUGUAUGAUGUGA